CGAUGGGCGAUUUUUGUAGCCGCCGAAGUGGGAGCGCUCGCGCGAGCGUGACAGUCUGCGUUGUUUCUCCACAAAAUCCCUAAAAGCAAAAUUUGAAGAGAUUAGGAAGAGCAUCGAAUUCUUUAUGCCCUUCCAUCUUCCUUGUUGGAGAUCCCCCGAGGGAUAAGAGGGUUUGGUCGAUUGAUUGGCGGGAGGGGAGCGAUGAAGAUCCAGUGUAAUGCGUGCGGGGCGGCGGAGGCGGUGGUGCUCUGCUGCGCGGACGAGGCGGCGCUUUGCUGGGCCUGCGAUGAGAGGGUGCACGCGGCCAACAAGCUCGCGGGGAAGCACCAGAGGGUGCCGCUGCUCUCCGAUGGGGCCGGUGGAGGCGGCAGUUCUUCCUCUCGCGGCGUUCCCAAGUGCGAUAUCUGCCAGGAAGCUUCUGGUUACUUCUUUUGCUUGGAAGAUCGUGCUUUGCUUUGCAGGAAAUGUGAUGUUGCUAUACACAGGACAAACCCAUAUGUGUCUGCUCACCAGAGAUUUUUACUAACAGGGGUGCGAGUAGGCCUUGACCCCGCUGAACCGGCUGCUCCUCUUGUGGACCCACAAUUUCAUGUUUCAGGAAGGCCUGUAAGAUCACAAUCCAAACAAUUGCCCAGCAACAGUAAUCCUGUGGUAUCCCAUGACACUGAUGGAGUGCUAUCUAGUCAAAUGCCCAAGGAUGGAGGUGUAGUGGCAAAUAAGGCCCCAGUCUUAGGGUUCAAUAUGCCUGGGAGUAUAUUGGAUUGGCCUUUAGAUGAGUUCUUUAGCUUCCCAGAGUUUAACCAAGCUUUUGGUUUCACUGAGCAUAAUUCUUCGAAGGCUGACAGUGGAAAGAUUGGAAGCUCUGAAGGAUCAUCACUUCAUCGCACCACUGACGAUGAUGUAGACGAUAGUGAAUGCUUAGGGCAGCUGGUUCCUGAGUACCCAUGGAGAGUUCCAGAAAUUCCUUCCCCACCAACUGCAUCCGGACUCAGCUGGCAAAGGAUCCGCCAUUAUCCUGCUGCAUCUGAUUCUGUUUUUGUACCUGACAUAUGCUCUUUCCAUGAUCCUACCUAUCCCACUCCGAUACCUCAAAAGCGCAGUCAGCGUCGGCCAGGAUAAUGAAUCUUGGAGGUGACUCAGAAAAGUUUGGGGCCAGCUUAGUUAUGUAAGAAUGCAUAUUGCCGAAGAUAUAUAACUUAGAUCCAGCAGUUAUGUUAUUUGAUGUUGUAUCUAACUAUGUCAUCAACUGCAUUGGUCAUGUUUGCUCGGCUUUCGCCUUUUCUCAUGUCAGUUCAAUAGGCUGAAGGAGUUCCAGCAAUUACCGAUCUAUGAUUCUGGUAUUUCAAGAAGCCUAAUAUAUGUUUUGGAUAUUGAACU